CAACUCUCUCUCACAGAAACUCUCGCGAUAUAUCAGAUUACAUACCACCACAUUACAGUGUGCGUCUGUGCGCUUGAGACAGGUAAGAUGGCGGCGCAGGAGACUCAAGCAGCACAGCAGUCGUCCGUCAGCAACGGAGAGGUGAGCAGUAAUGGGGCAGCUGCCUCAGGUCAGGUAGCUCAGACAGGUGUGACUGCACUGGACCCCCAACAACAACAACAACAACAGCAACCGCAGUCCAGUGCCUGGCAGGUGAUUAAAGGUGUCCUCUUCAGGAUUUUUAUCAUCUGGGCUAUAAGUAGCUGGUUCCGCAGAGGUCCAUCAACUCCAGAUCCCAACACUCCCGCUGGAGCUCCACGAGUGCCCAGCCGAAACCUCUUCACCAAGGACACCCUUAUGGAUUUAUAUGUAUAUAUCUCUGAGAAUGAGAUAUUUACAGAUUUUAACAAUACAGAAGCAUUGUUCUGGUACCAGCAAGAUCUGGUUUAUGGAGAUUGGACCACAGGGGAGUCGGGAGAUGGCUGCCAUGAGCAUUACCAAGAGCUGGACCUCUCUGAGGGUGUGAAGCAGAACGGCUCUAUAUACAUCCACAUUUACUUCACCAAGAGUGGCUUCCACCCAGAUCCCAAACGCAAGGGCCAGUACCGCAGACUGUCCACGGUCCAUUCCACUCGAAUGCUCAACAAGUACAAGAGGAGGAAGUUCCUCAAGACCAAGAACCUGUUGACAGGAGAAACCGAAGCUGAUCCAGAAAUGAUCAAGCGGGCUGAGAGUCAUGGGCCUGUGGAGAUCAUAUCCCAUUGGCAUCCCAACCUCACUAUCAACAUGGUAGACGAUCACACAGCUUGGGUGAAAGGCUCUGUCCCCCCACCUCUUGACCAGCAUGUAAAGUUUGAUGCAGUGAGUGGAGACUACUAUCCCAUUGUUUAUUUCAAUGACUACUGGAACCUGCAGAAGGACUAUUACUCCCUAAACGAUACCCUGCAGAAUCUGCCCCUCCGACUCACCUACUGCCCCCUCUCCUUGUGGCGCUGGCAGUUAUAUGCCGCCCAGAAUGCCCGUUCCCCCUGGAACUUCCUGGGAGAGGACACUUACGAGCAGUCAGAUGAGGACCAGGAUUCUGUUAAGGUGGCUCUACUUGAGACCAACCCCUACCUCCUGGGACUGACCAUCGUUGUUUCCAUCGUCCACAGCAUUUUUGAGUUCUUGGCAUUCAAGAAUGGUAAAUUACUUUUCAUUAGUUCUUAUGACAUGUCCAACUGUAAAAAAAUAAAUAAAAAAAAUCUAUCCAUUUGCCAUAUUUUGAAUUAUAAAUGCUUUAUUUUUCCUAAAGGGUUCAUCACCAUGACACCGCAGCUCUUCAUCAACUACAAGAUGAAGUCAGUAGCCCAUCUUCCCUGGAGGAUGCUCACCUACAAGGCCCUGAAUACCUUUAUAGAUGACUUGUUUGCCUUCGUCAUCAAGAUGCCAAUGAUGUACAGAAUAGGUUGUCUCCGAGAUGAUGUGGUCUUCUUCAUCUAUCUGUAUCAGCGCUGGAUUUACAGAGUGGAUCCCAACCGUGUGAAUGAGUUUGGGACCAGCGGAGUGAACCACAGCAGUGACAGCCCAGCCCAGCCAGCAGCUGCCGACACAAUCGCUGCCAUCACAGAUAAACCAGAGGGGGAGAAGAAGAAUGAUUAACCUCUUUUAACCCCCUCCCUUGCCCUCUAGUCUUGUGAAGGUGUAAUAAGGCAUCUUCAAGGCUGAGUUUCUGUUUAAUUGUCAGGGAUGGGAACUGGAUUAAUGGCAUUACGUAAAAGACUGCAGAUAAAAAAAAAAAAAAGUUCAGUUCAGCGUUCCUCCUUUGUGUGGGAUCCACAGGAAAAUAUAUAUAUAUAUAAUUAAAUGUAGACUUCCUAAAAUCAUUCUUUUUCAGUAUCCCAUAUUUUUGCAGUCAAAGUGAAGUAAAAUGUGAUGUACUGUAUUGUAUAUUUUUGGUUUGGUAACACUAAUAAUUUGAAAGGUUAGGUAGUCCGUAAUUAAAUCCUAUUGGCUAGAUUGAAUAGGGCGAUUGCAGUACAUAUCAUUUAGUUUUUUGACGUACAAGAGCGAGGAAAAGUGGCUCAACGCAGCCUCGCCGGUCUCCUUAUUCCGUGUACUUAUUUUCUGUUCAUUCCAUGUGUGAAGGGGUACCAGUUAGCAGUUGUGUAGUGUAGGAAGGAGGUGGCCAAGAAAAAAAAAA